AUGACGGCAGGCCAUACGACCGACGAACUGAGCUCAUCACAGCGCCAAGCACAAGCUUCGACCUCUUCUACUGCUUCCACGUCGAGGACGCCUUUCCAGUUUGCACCCGUACCCGCAAGAUUCAGGCGACAUCUCGAACCACGCGAAACUGCAGCCGAAACCGUUCCGCGCGGGGAGCUCUCUUCUCGGCCAUGCUCACACUCGUCAAGUAGGCGCAAUUCGGAGACACAUUCUGUGUCCAGCAACGAAGACGACGGUGAUGCCUUUGAUUCUGACCUCCCACAACGCGACCCCUCUUCGUCGACCUCCGCAUGGCCAGCACAGCCCAUCACUCCGACAACGCCCAUGACGCCCAUGACCCCUCUCACGCCAGUGACUCCAGGGUGGCGUAGAUCCUACAGUGGUUGGCAAAAGCGUAGCUCAUUAUAUAGAGCCCACGCCGCCGAGGAAGAAGAGCAGGAUGCCUCUAGCUCGACGCAAGCGCAGUUAGCGGCGGCACACACGACGAAAGAGGCUGAUCCUACAAAUUCAGCAUCCGCGUCACGAGUAAAUGCACAAGAGCAAAGCGCCCGCGCAACGACGACCCCUGCAGCUCCAAGCAGCGAGCCAAUAUCUGAAAACCUGUCCGAACUCGAGCCCGGCUUGUCAACUGAUGGUGACGAAAACGAACUCCUGCAAGACCAUCCGCAGCCACGGCCACCCUUCACACGGGCACGAGGCCGCCAGCAAGAUGUGAUAGCACCAACACAGGUCAUAGAACAAGAUCCGUUCGCAGACGCCAAUCAAGUCCCUUCAGCGGCAUCUGAGCCGGCGUUCAAUCCUUUCAUCUCCCCGGAAGACGAUCGCCAACCAAUCAACAACAUGGAAGAGGACCGCGACCUCGAAAAGCAAUUGAUGGAUGCACGUGCGAAAGGCGGCAAAGCGGAGUUUGACGAGUCGUUCUUCCCAGACUAUGCCCCACUCGUCCAGUCACGAGUCACAGCCGGUCGAUAUGGCCUCAUGCUUGCAAUCGGAGCGCUCAACCUUGGACUUGUGAUCCUCUUUCUCUUCCUCGCUCCUGCAGGAGCAUCUUUGGUGAUGAUGGUGGCGCUCAAGUCGCGAGACAUUCUAUCGGUGCUUUGGCAAUCGCUUCUCUUCAUCUUGCACGUCCUUUGCAAGCCUUUCCGCAAGAGAAAGGAGGUUGUGAUCCAUCCACCCCGCAAGAUUGUCAGUCUGGUGCCGGUCUACAAGGAAUCCACCCAGGACGUGCUCGAUACUGUCGAUUCAAUCAUUCAGGACAAUCCUGUGCGUCCGCAAGACUUCAACAUCAUCGCCAUCAUGGCUGACGGCUUUGACGUCGAAGACGACGUUAUUGUACAAGAGACCAUCUGCAGAGUAGAGGACUCGCCCUACUUUUCUUGGAAGAUCCGCGAGUCGGCGUUUCGACUUCAGUUUGGCUUUCGAAUGGGUCACCCAAUCAUGAUCGUGCGCAAGGUCAAAAACGCAGGCAAGAAGGACUCGCUCAUCUUUGCGUUCGACCUCUUCAACAGCGACAACGAGGCUACGGGUCACUGCAAUUCGGAAGCGAGGGCCAUGGUGUUGGAUCACAUCCGCAGGUUGUACAAUCAGCCUGACCUCGAGUUCUUCGACUUUGUCUUCUGCACUGAUGCCGACACCAAGAUUCUUGCUGGCUCAGUCGAUGUCUUGGCCGACCGGCUGAUGGAUGAAGGCGAGAAGACCGUGGGCGCCUGUGGAAUCGUCGAGGCAGACUUCGAAAAGCCAGGUCGAAGCCUAAGGACGUGCGGGUUGUGGUACUUUUGGGACCAUUUCCAAGGAUUCCAGUAUACCUACGGACAAUGGAUCCGACGUCGCUCCGAGUCCUCAUGGGGUCGAGUCACAUGCAUGCCCGGUGCCAUCACCAUGCUUCGCACGGGUGCCAUCCUUGGCCAAGCUUCUGCCGAAUAUCGCAAACACGUUCAGAACGGUAAUCUUGUCAAUCGUCAAGUCCAGUAUCAGGGUACCGACCGCCGACUUUGCUGGUCUAUCAUUUCGCGGUCGAAAGACGUCCGCACUGUACUGGAAACGCGCGCCGCCUGCUUCACCAUCCCGCCACAAUCUCUGUCUCACUACCUCUCGCAACGCCGUCGCUGGGGGUCCAACGCGUACUUUAACGCUUUUGUCACGUUGACCCAGCAGAACCAGCAUGUGGUUACGCGCAUCUGGAUGACGCUCGAGCUGACACGCUCAACGCUGGUCUUCUUUCGAAUGUACAACUUUGCUCACUUUGUCUACAACCUAGUGACCAAGUUUUCCAUUUUGGGCGUUGCGCCACUGCUGGCGAUCACGUUGUUGCCUCAAAUCUGGUUCUUGCUCUUCGUGGUCAUUCCGACCAAGAGAUACAGGCCCUUAUUGCAUCAUUUGCUCUACGGUGCAGUGCUGAACCGCUUGUGCAGCAUCAUCUUGACGCCCACGGUGUAUGCAAACGUGCUGCUCGGAUUUGGAGACUUCAGAUGGGGCAAGUCGCAUACCGGUGCGAACGCGGCUUCUCAGCAACAGCAGCAGGAGGGCAAGGACGUGGCUCAAUUGGCGGACCAGAUGGAAAAGGGCGAGUCGCGACCUUGCACGCCUCCAAAGGAUCAAACGGAAGUAUGUUGA